CGCGAAACGUAGAGAAAGGCUGUAUUCAACACAAGGGAAUCAGAGACGAUGUUCCUGUGCUUGAAUCUCGUCUUGCUGGGGGUUCUACUCUGCGGGUUUGUUCAUUUCCAAAUGGACGGUCAGACAUUUUACCUUAGUGGAGGAUCAAACACACGACAUGUCCAGGGGAACGGAACACGCUCGCGGGCCGAUGAGGCAAUGCAGUACGACAUAAAGGCGAGCGAGCGGAGACGACAGCUGAGGGAGAAUGAACCCGGGGGGAAAAACCUGACCAAAUUGCUUGAGGUGAUAAUCCCAGCUGAGUCCUCUUACUACACCACGAUCUCACCUUUGCGAAGAUGGCAGCCUCCAAAGUGUGACCGUUCAAAGCUUAUCCGCGCCUACAAACGGAACCUACAUGCGGAAGAGAGGGUGGUUGUCGAUGCGGAUGAGCUGCCCUUCGACUUCUUUCAGGCAGAGAUACACAAGGCAUGACAACGUCUCACAUGACCUGUCCAUUUAAUAAUUCAUAGAACAUGUUGACAGCCGUGGUGUACUUGGGUCCGCAGCGCCUCCAUUCGUGGUCUGCCAAAAUGCUUCCCGAGCUAGAGGUCAGAGUGCCAACAGAUCUGCGUCUCUUCAGCAUGAGUGAUGCCUCUUCGUCUGCGUCACCAAGUAGGCAUGUUCGCUCGUGAAAGAAAUUUUGAUCGACUGGUGGCCGGAUUCUGGGCUGGACCUCAACGAAAUCAACGGCACAUCUCUGUCCAAAGUGCGCCUAGUGCCUGGCAAGAGGGGUCUAGGCGAGCGUUAUUUUGUGGCGGAACAUAUCCAUACGCCAUACGUGGCUCUCUUCGAUGUAAGGUACCCGACUGCGAGCUGAGAUGAGAGUGAUAUCAUCAUUAAUGCUGUAUGCCCGUUCAGGAUGAUCGUGGCUUUAGCUGUGGUAUGCCGCGCAGUACACCAAAACAUGUAGAGAGAAGCAUAAGGAAGCGCCGACGGGGAUCCGUUGUGCUUCUCAGAGAUUUUGUAUCGUUUGCUGAUCCUUGUGGUCCGGUUUCCUAGCAAGAUAGUCACGACGACUGAAAUGGGCCGGUCAAUCCUCAAGUGCGAAGAUGAGGCGAGGAUGAGGUAGAUUCAUGGAUGUAGUGUAAUAGAGGUCAAUGCGCUUCUGGACCGAUUCAGAUACCCGUAUUUCCCUGACCAUGGUGAGAUUGCUUUGCCUAGCGCGUCAGUGAUAGCCAAGUCGCUCCUCAUCUCCUACAAAGAACUCAUGCUGCCGUGAGAGACCACAUCAUGGUCCAGCCUUGUAAACAAGUCUCUUGUGUGUCUGUCAGGUCUGUUGUCGAACUCAUCAACCGGGAACUUAAUUGCGAGGUUAGUUGUUGAGGCUGUGAGAGGACUCUCUCUUGCUUGCUCCACAUUGCUGACGUACCGGCCUCUGUCCGCAGGACGUGGCCCUAAAUUGGCUCGUUGCGUCUAUUUCGGGCGACAAUCAGAGUGGUAGCGCCUCUCGUCUUCACAGCCCUCAUAUGCACUCUGGUGUUUCUUCUGUAGGCGUCUUUCUCGAUGAGGAGCUGGUUGAGGGUAUUGUGCAUCUAGUUGAUCGCAAAGGGCUGUCCAAGAAGAUGAACCCCGUGGAGAGGCGCAGCGCAUGCCUCAAUAUGAUGGUCAGCGUUCUCGCUGGAUGGCCGGUGCCUCACGGGAGAACGGUCGCCACCGUGAUCUCUAAAGCAAAGCUCACCAAGGCGGAACCCCUGCAUAAGAAGAGAAGGACCCAGAACAAGAUCUAAGUCAAAAGCGGGGAGGACCAAAGGGAGGAAAAAUAAGAGCUGGCGCUGGUCAUAUCCCUAUUUGUUCAUAGAAGUAUG